UAGGUAAAUUAUAUUCAGUUGAGAACAGUUUAUUAAUCGAAAAUUUACCUUCCUUCUUCAUUAAUUUGAUAAAAAAAUAUUUCAAAAAACAAAAAAUGAAUUUCCUUCAAGUCUUAUUCGGUUUCACUUUAGUAUAUCUUGUGUCAGCGAUACCUCGUCAGUCAUGUGAUGAUAAACCAAACGAAGAGCUAAGUGUCUGGUCGAAUGAUGGUUACCCGUGCGGAAAUACGUGCGAAAACUACAAAGUUCCAUGCAAUGUUAUGCUACCUAUGGUUUUGAUAUGGAGUCCGCAUUGUGUGUGUAAGAAGGGUUAUUCUAGACUCGCAAAUGGAACAUGUAUUGCAUUAGAAGAUCCUGAGUGCAUGGAGCUAUAUAAACCAUCAGCAGAACAUUGUCUGCGAAGAGGAAACGAAAUCUAUGCUUCAGGAUCGGCUUGCCAAAUGACCUGCGCGGAUUUGGCAACAGACGAGCCAAAGGCCUGCAUUAUGUCAAUCGUUGAAGACUGCUAUUGUCCAGAAGGUAUGGUUCGUUACGUUGAAAAUGGACCAUGUAUUCCGAAAGAAAACUGUCCCGUGCAAUGGGUGAAUAAGUUUAGAGUUUAAAUUAUUUCACUUUCAAGUACCUCAUCGAUCUGAAGCACAGUCACAGUCAC